UCUAGGACAAAUCAACUGUUAAAACCAGGGUAAUUGACAUUGAACAUUCGGGAACAAAAAGUGUGGAUCUAGGUUGAUGGACUGUCUCUGUUCCUCUGGGCGCCUCUCAGGAACCCUCAGUCAGGCUCGAGUUGGCAGACACCAGGGGGGCAGUCCGGACACGGCCGACAGCGGGGAGACACUCUCCUGUGCCCCGAGGGUACUGAGGGCACCUAGGCUAGUUGCCUUUGCAGCAGAAGAGACACUGGAGACAUCGGUAGAAGCACAGCGUCUGGACUCUGCCCUAUUCCUCAGCAGCAGAGAAAGGAAAGAAAACCAGUACAACUCCAAAGUAAACUCUGAAGAGUUUGAAAAAGGAAUCAAAUCGUAAAACUGUUACUGUGCGCUGUAAGGCCCUUGUGUGGGUGACUUCAAAGGAGGAUGGUGGUCGAGGACGCUUUGGCAAGAGUGCUUACAGCUGUGGGCUAUCUAGGAUCCAAGUAAAUAACUCCACAGCGCUUCAGGAGAGAAGAGUCCCAAAUACUGUGCUGCUUUGAAGAGUUUACCAUAAAUCACAGUUCUCAUCUAACAGGACACAUGGCUCUUUUAAAGAAAGUUAACCAGAUCUUAUUGUUACUUCUUGUCUUAACUGUGUGCGCUAUUCUGUAUAGAAAAGUUCACCAAGUGCCCUUGGCAUUAAGAAAUGAAACGGUGGAUUUGGAGAACCCUGAGGAAAUGGAGGAAGAAAUCCCAGUGGUGAUCUGUGCUGCUGCAGGCAGGAUGGGUGCAGCUGUAGCAGCAAUCAGCAGCAUCUACAGCAACACAGAGGCCAAUGUUUUAUUCUACAUCAUUGGGCUGAAGACAACCAUCCCACACAUUCGAAAAUGGAUCGAAAAUUCUAAACUGAAAGAAAUAAAAUUUAAAGUUGUGGAAUUCAAUCCUAUGGUACUAAAAGGAAAAAUCAGACAAGAUGCAUCACGUCCUGAGCUACUGCAGCCUUUGAACUUUGUUCGAUUUUAUCUUCCUUUGCUUAUCCAGAAGCAUGAGAAAGUAAUAUAUUUGGAUGAUGAUGUCAUUGUUCAAGGUGACAUUCAGGAACUCUACAAUACUAAGUUAGCUCCUGGACAUGCAGCAGCUUUUUCAGAUGAUUGUGACCUGCCUUCUACACAUGAAAUGGUUAGAAGUGUAGGGAUGCAGAACACAUACAUGGGAUUCCUGGACUACAGAAAGCAAGCCAUUAGAGAUCUUGGCAUCAGCCCCAGCACCUGCUCCUUUAAUCCUGGAGUAAUUGUUGGUAACAUGACUGAAUGGAAACAUCAGUGGAUCACACAGCAAUUGGAAAAGUGGAUGCGAAGAAAUGUAGAGGAAAACCUCUAUAGCAGUACCCUUGGGGGAGGUGUGGCAACCUCCCCAAUGCUGAUUGUAUUUCAUGGAAAAUAUUCCUCUAUUAAUCCUAUGUGGCACAUAAGGCAUCUUGGUUGGAGUCCUGAUGCCCGUUACUCAGAGCAAUUUCUUCAAGAAGCUAAAUUACUUCACUGGAAUGGGAGAUACAAACCUUGGGACUACCCCAGUGUCCACACUGAUCUCUGGGAAAACUGGUUUAUUCCUGACCCCUCAGGGAAGUUCAAAUUAACUUGUCCUGACAGCUGAUACUGAAAUACUGCAUAACAUAGUGUAUGGGACGCAUUUAAUAGUUUGAGAUUCAACAUGUUGUAUGAUUUUAGAAAACAAAGUAUUUGUUAAAAAUAUGAAAAACUGACCAUCAGUUUUGUGUGCUUAUGGCAGCUGAGGGAGGCUGGAGUGACGAAUACAUGGUUCAGAUUUUUCCCGUAAGGUGAGGAAACAAAUGUAUUUGACAAUGAAGUAUUUUCAUUAAACACAGAGGUGAAAUUCA